AUGGAGAGUGGGAUCGAGUGCACCUCCAGCAAGUUUGCUGAGGACAUCAACCGUGUGAUUGAUGUCUUCCACCAGUACUCAGUUCAGGAGGGGCACAGGGACACCCUGAGCAAGAAGGAGCUGAAGCUCCUGAUUGAGAAGCAGCUCGCGAACUACCUGAAGCAUGUGAAAAACAGGGGCACCAUUGAUGAAAUUAUGAAGGACCUUGACGUCAACAAGGACCAGCAGGUCAGCUUCAGCGAGGUGAUGAUGCUGAUCACCCGUGUGACCAUCGCCACCCACGAACACCUCCAUGCUGUUGAAGACCAGCAGCAGCAGCAGCAACAGCAGCAGCACAAGCACCAACACCACCAUUGA